GGUCGGCCCAGUCUGAAUCGGACAGCACGGCACGGCACAUACGGACGGCGGCAUGAGGUGGCUCUGGCUCGGGAUGUGCGCGGCGUUGCUGCUGGCGGCGGCGGCGCGCGCGGAGACGGCGCAGGAGGACGGCCCGGAGGUGAAGCAGGCCCGCGAGGACGGGCAGGUGGAGGUGGAGGUGGAGGUGGAGGAGACUGAAGACGCCGGCGACGAGCCAGAGCACGCCGCGUGGAAGUACGACAAGAACGGCAUCCUCAUCCUGAACCGCGGCAACUUCGACCGCGCCAUCGACGAGCAUGACCACCUCUUCGUCGUGUUCCACACACCGGCCUGCAGUCAGUGCAUCAAACUCCACCCGCACUUUGUGGAGGCGUGGAAAGCGCUGCGAGAGCAGACGACCGACGUGCAGUUCGCCAAGAUCGACUGCACCAACGAGACAGCGCUGCUCAUCCACUACGGCAUCACGCAGUUCCCCACGCUGACCUUCUUCAAGGACCAGAAGGAGAAGAUGUACGACGGCGGGUACCGCUCGACGGACAUCGAGUCAGUGGGUCACCAAGCGGAUGGGUGCACCGGCGCAGCCGGUCGAGUCAGCGGAGCAACUGGAGGCGGCGCGCGCCGAGCACGACGUGCUGGCGGUCGGCUUCUUCCGCGACCCGGACUCCGUGUCGGCUAUCAUCUACCUCCGCGUCGCCGACGCCGUGCACGACUACCCGUUCUUCCUGGUGGCCGACCCCGAGCUCUUCAAGCAGUACGAGGUCGAGGACGACGCCGUGGUGGUCUUCAAGCAGUUCGACGAGGGGCGCGCCGACUUCCCGGCGGCUGACUACGUGGCGGACGACCUGAUGAACUUCCUGCGCCUGGAGACGUUCCCGCUGGUCUCUGAGCUGAACAUUGACAACGUAUGGCGCGUGACUGAGGAGGCCAACUUCAUCAAAACCCACUUCCUGGUGUUCCGGAACGCGUCCGAUCCUCGCACCCCGAGCGACAUCGAAGGUCUCGUCCUCCCCGUCGCGCAGAAGCACAAGGGCAGCGUCCUCUUCCUGCUGGUGGACAUGGCCGACCGCAGGAUGUUCCACAUGGAGGAGUUCUUCGGCGUGCAACGCGACCGCACGCCAGCGAUGAGGAUCUUCCGCUACGAGGGGCCCACAUUCAAAUUCAGGCCCCAACACGACGGCACCAUAUCGACGGAGCAGGUUCUCCAGUUCUGCGACGACUUCCUGACCGGGAAGCUGAAAGCGUUCCAGCUACAGCAGCCGCUGCCGGAGGACUGGGACGCGGCGCCCGUUAAGGUGCUGACCGCCCAGAACUACGCCGACGUCACGCUUGACCCGACCCACCACGUGUUCGUCAUGCUGCACGCGCCCUGGUGUCCGCACUGCCAGCUCGUGGGCCCAAUCUUCGAUCAGCUGGCUGAGCUCUACCUGCCGCACAGUGACGUCAUCACGCUGGCCCGGAUGGACGCCACGGCCAACGAGGUGGAGGGGCUGGAGUUCCAGAGUUUCCCCACGUUCUUCCUGUACGCGGUGGACGGCCAGCGUCAUCAGUUCAACGGGUCACGCACGCUCGAGGACUUCGUCGAGUUCCUGAACGAGUACACGACCGUCAACCUGGACUUCGGCUCGGCGGACGGCGAAACGCACGCGGACAAAACCUGCGGGGAAAGCGAGGCCGACGGUGGCGACAUCUGCACGGCAGACGUGGGAGGCGGCGGUGACACCGGCGCCGCCGCGGAGGACGGCUCAGCGGGCGACAAAGCGGACGCUGACGCCGAAGACGCUUCCGCCGGAGACACGCGCGGCAGUGACGAGGCGGGCGCGCCUUUGCAAUCGCAGACCAAGGAUGAACUUUAAGGCUUGAUGCCCCCAUUCACACAUGGUAUGGUCAGUUUUGCUGACUGCUGACACAAUACGUUGCUGAAAAUUCGAAAUACAUGCUGUAUUUAUGCUAUCAUCAGCACUUAGUUUUGAGUUAGAGCUAAGAUCAAGAACUUAUGCAGGCUUCCUAUGACCUCUUAGUUAACAUAUGUUCAGUGAACCCAAGUAGAUCUGGCACAAUUUACAAACCUCAUACUCUGUGGCAAAUUCUUCAUCCUGCACAUGUGUGAAUACAGAUGAUGGUGGCUGGCCUGCAGCCAUCAGGUGGGUGGCAUC